GCCGGUCGCCUAUAAAAGGAAUUAAAAAUUGUCUUUCUUUGACAGUUUGGUUUGAUCUUUCAACUUUGAUAGUUGUUUGUUAUGAUUUUGUAGUAUUUAGGUUCAUUUUAUGAAUGGAAACUUACCGUUAAAAUGAACAUUUAUCAUUAUUCAAGCGAGCCAAUGUAUCAGCAUCCAAGCCAGCAUUAUCAACAUUGUGCAUUACUAGUUGAUCAAACAAAAGAUUCACUUAUUCAUAAUCAAUUUGAACCAAUAUCUCAAAAUUUAAUAAAUCUCUUACCCAACGAUAGUAAUUGUAAAAGAUCCGAAGAGCAGAGUCAAAAUACAAUAACUAAUAACAGUGAAAAGAAACUAACAAGGAAGACAAAUGUUGACACAUCUAGUUUUAGCAUUGAAGAAAGAUUAGUAGCGGCAGUAUGGAUUCAUGAAAGGAAACGAACAAAAACCAGUAUCAGUCAGAUCAGACAUGAGUUCCAGCAACGUUUCGGUCGAGAGCCACCGGCUAAGAACACACUCUUGGUAUGGGAGCGAAAGCUAUUCUCUACGGGCAGCGUUUGUGACGCGCCGAGACCUGGUCGUCCUGUGAACAGGAGAUCCCGCAUGGAUGAAGUGGCGGCGUCCAUGAGGAACGCGCCGGCAUUGUCGCUGCGGGCCAGAGCUCUGGCGCUGCGUCUGCCGCGAACGACUCUACGCGCCAUCCUACAUAAAGACUUGCCACAGACACUCAGGAAUAAAGUUGUACCAAGUAAAAAUUUUGGUAAGCAACAAAGCAAGCAAAAGGCUAAGAAGCAAAUGACGAAGCCACCUCAAGCGGAGCAGGCGCCCCCCGCGUGCCGCGCCCCCCCCGCGUGCCGCGCCCCCGCCGCUCCCCCCGCCCCCGCCCCCGCCCCCGCCGCGCCGCACGCAUGCGCUCCGCCUGCUCUGCCCGCGCACGACUACACUUGAAUAUCUUGAAGAGACAUUGGCAUUUGUAUUUACUAACAACCAAUUAGUCGAACUCACCUGAUGUAGAAUACAGUGUCACAAAGCAUGCGCUUUAUAAUUAUGAGGCAAAGAUUUGGAAAGAUUAAAAUAAACAUUCGGUUUUGUAUUUAACAAUAUACUUUAUUGACUUA